GGCGUUUCUGACGGUGAUGCAGGAUGAUGGCACAGGUAUAUAUACAUCAUGCUUUGCCCUGGGUCAGGACACAAGGAGAGCGCUGAGGAUGGGAGUGCACACCAUGUCCCUGCUGCUGUGCUGUCUGCUGGCGUUGGCUAUUCCAGCCAAUUCCUUGAAGUGUUACAAGUGUGUUGGAAACGAUAAUGAGUGCAGUCCGACCGAAGAGACGUGUCCUGGACAGAACGCCGUGUGCUCCACCUCUGCCCUGCACAUAGACUCCUUUCCUUGUAAGGUGAGGAAAGUUCUCAAGGGCUGUGUUAACUCAACCACCACUACCAAUAAGAUAUCAAUAUCUCCAAGUCAGUUGGUCACCUUUUCCCUGCAGCAGGAGACGUGCAACUCAGACCUUUGUAACAAAAAAAUCUCAGAUCCUGACUCAAAUCGAAAUGACCUCUACUGUCACUCCUGUAUAUCUCCGGAAAUCAACUGCGACAGUGAUAAAAUGAAUGAAAUGAGAUGCACGGGAGAGCAGAACCUGUGUGUGGACAUGAGUGUCAUAGGUUCCUUUGGUGACAUAGCAGACGUCAGCAUAAAAGGAUGUGCACACCUUCCAUCUUAUAAAGAGAACAUGGCUUUCUCCAGUCAGACAUCUUCUGUGACUAUCCAGGGCUGUCAUGGAAACUUCUGCAACAGUGUCAUAGAGUAUGAACAAGAGGACAAGACACCCAAUGGAAUACAAUGCUACAGCUGCAAUACGCUUGAUGGGGCAGGGUGCUCACCUGGAGAGUUAGACAAAGCCCAAUGCUAUGGAGCCCUAACAUCUUGCCUACACAUUGAAGGGACAGUCACGAAAGAUGGGCACCAAAUACCCACCAUGAUCAAAGGUUGCGCUACACCAUCAAUGUGUGACAGCUCGGUCCUUCCCUUGUUGCAAAAGCUGGAAGCUGCAACUGUAAAGUGCUGCAAUGGAAGUCUCUGCAACAACCAGUCCUCAGACAGCAGUCUCCAAGGCAGUGGUUAUUUUCCCAUAGGAAAUGCUUCUCCAGGAACAGGUAUCCAAAACACAUCUUCUUCUGAUGCCACUCAUGGUGAAACUUUCAGAAGGCGUAAACGCUCUGGCAGCCCAGUCAAAACAGGACAUCAUGCUAAUAGCAAAUAUGGCAGUGGUAGCUCUUCAACUUACCACAAUGAUGAUGGUUCCAGUGAGUUUAAUGGCCCCAUUAUGUGUCCUGGAAACAGCAAUACUCAAGGCAUCAAAGGUGGCUCAUGGAACAGUAAUAGUAACACUGGCUAUUCCAAUCCCUCUUUUAACUCCGAGAGUGAAAGUCACACUGUGCCCAAUUCUAAAAAUUAUUCUUUAGGGGAAAGCAAUUUCAGUACAUUAUCACUGGGAGGGUCAGCAGUUGGUGAAGAAGGUGCACCACACACUUCUAACUCUAGUGACAGUGACGUUAGCUCGUUCACGGACGAGCCCACAACUUUUUCAGACUUAAACAGUUAUGGUGGCAGCAGUAUCGGUACCAAUUCAUAUUAUGACAAUAUUGUGAACGACCAAGAUAAUAAUGACUUUAACAAUUAUGAGAGUGGUAGCUUCACAGAAAUAGUUUACGUAGCUAUAGACUUGAAUAAUGGCCAACCUGGUUCCCCUACUGUAGCUCCAGGUAGUAUGGAUUCUAAUAGUUAUGAUUCGGUAGGUAAUUCUGGGACAGUUACCAGUGCUUAUAAUCCAAAUAUAGUUUUGUCAGCUAAUAACAAUGACAGCACUCAACAUUUGGCACCUGAAACAGUAAAACCCCACAAUUCUGGUGUUAAGCAGCCCAAUUCAGGACAUGGCAGUAAUAUUUAUAACACAGGUAUUGCUAACAAUAAUGGUUCUGGAAAUCUCUCCUCAUCAGGAAACAACUCUGCAGGAAGUGGAAACAACUCCAGUGCUGGCACCACAGGGUCCUCUUCAUUUGGUGGCUACACCAAUAUGCCUGGAGGUAACACAUCCUCAACUCCUUACACCAGUUCAGGAAAUGGUACUGGAAUGACCAGUGAAUGGAACAACAGCAAUAAUUCAUCUAACCACAAUGUGGUAGUGCCAGUGGGGUAUGUGAACAUUCCUGGGAAAAACCACUCAUCACCUUCGCACAGCAGUUCUGAUUAUGGUACUGGCAUAACUAAUGAAUGGAUCUACAGCAAUGACUCUAAUCACAAUAUGGCAGCACCUGUGGGGUACAAUAAUAUCUCAGCAAAUAAUCACUCCUCAACCUACUAUACUGGUAAUGGGACUGGGAUGACCUAUGAAGGGAGCAAUAGCAGUAGCUCUAACCACAGUAUGUCUGUGCCAGGUGGAUAUGCCAAUGUGUCUGGAGGAAAUGGUUCUUCAACAUAUUAUGCCAGUUAUGGUAAUGGGACUGGAAUGACCCAUGAAGGGAUCAAUAGCAGUAGCUCUAACCACAGUAUGUCAGUGCCAGGUGGAUAUGCCAAUGUGUCUGGAGGCAAUGGCUCCUCAACAUCUUAUGCCAGUUAUGGUAAUGGGACUGGGAUGACCCAUGAAGGGAUAAAUAGCAGUAGCUCUAACCACAGUAUGUCUGUGCCAGGUGGAUAUGCCAAUGUGUCUGGAGGCAAUGGCUCCUCAACAUAUUAUGCCAGUUAUGGUAAUGGGACUGGGAUGACCCAUGAAGGGAUCAAUAGCAGUAGCUCUAACCACAGUAUGUCUGUGCCAGGUGGAUAUGCCAAUGUGUCUGGAGGCAAUGGCUCAUCAACAUCUUAUGCCAGUUCUGGUAAUGGGACUGGGAUGACCCAUGAAGGGAUCAAUAGCAGUAGCUCUAACCACAGUAUGUCUGUGCCAGGUGGAUAUGCCAAUGUGUCUGGAGGCAAUGGCUCCUCAACAUCUUAUGCCAGUUAUGGCAAUGGGACUGGGAUGACCCAUAAUGGGAUCAAUAGCAGUAGCUCUAACCACAGUAUGUCUGUGCCAGGUGGAUAUGCCAAUGUGUCUGGAGGCAAUGGCUCCUCAACAUCUUAUGCCAGUUAUGGUAAUGGGACUGGGAUGACCCAUGAAGGGAUCAAUAGCAGUAGCUCUAACCACAGUAUGUCUGUGCCAGGUGGAUAUGCCAAUGUGUCUGGAGGCAAUGGCUCCUCAACAUAUUAUGCCAGUUAUGGUAAUGGGACUGGGAUGACCCAUGAAGGGAUCAAUAGCAGUAGCUCUAACCACAGUAUGUCAGUGCCAGGUGGAUAUGCCAAUGUGUCUAGAGGCAAUGGCUCCUCAACAUCUUAUGCCAGUUAUGGUAAUGGGACUGGGAUGACCCAUGAAGGGAUAAAUAGCAGUAGCUCUAACCACAGUAUGUCUGUGCCAGGUGGAUAUGCCAAUGUGUCUGGAGGCAAUGGCUCCUCAACAUAUUAUGCCAGUUAUGGUAAUGGGACUGGGAUGACCCAUGAAGGGAUCAAUAGCAGUAGCUCUAACCACAGCAUGUCUGUGCCAGGUGGAUAUGCUAAUGUGUCCGGAGGCAAUGGCUCCUCAACAUCUUAUGCCAGUUCUGGUAAUGGGACUGGGAUGACCCAUGAAGGGAUCAAUAGCAGUAGCUCUAACCACAGUAUGUCUGUGCCAGGUGGAUAUGCCAAUGUGUCUGGAGGCAAUGGCUCAUCAACAUCUUAUGCCAGUUCUGGUAAUGGGACUGGGAUGACCCAUGAAGGGAUCAAUAGCAGUAGCUCUAACCACAGUAUGUCUGUGCCAGGUGGAUAUGCCAAUGUGUCUGGAGGCAAUGGCUCCUCAACAUCUUAUGCCAGUUAUGGCAAUGGGACUGGGAUGACCCAUAAUGGGAUCAAUAGCAGUAGCUCUAACCACAGUAUGUCUGUGCCAGGUGGAUAUGCCAAUGUGUCUGGAGGCAAUGGCUCCUCAACAUCUUAUGCCAGUUAUGGUAAUGGGACUGGGAUGACCCAUGAAGGGAUCAAUAGCAGUAGCUCUAACCACAGUAUGUCUGUGCCAGGUGGAUAUGCCAAUGUGUCUGGAGGCAAUGGCUCCUCAACAUCUUAUGCUGGUAAUGGGACUGUGCCAGGAGGAUCUAGCUAUUAUAAUGGAACAGCAUGGAUCUAUAGCAGCAGCUUUAAUCCAAACAUGUUGCCCAACAGUAAUGGUUCAUUCAGUAACUACAGUGGUAUCCAGGAUUUUCUCUCAAAACUGAAUGGUUCGUCCAAUGAAAGCAUCCGAAAUAAUAGCUAUUUCUUAAAUCAUUUGCCCCCUGGUAUGAAUCUUAAUGGCUCAGGUCCAUACAAUAUAAAUGAAUCUCUUGCUGAUUAUUUUAAUAGCUUAGGCUUGGUUAAUAAUCCCAACUUAACGUAUGUCUCUGGUGGCAACAAUGGGUCCCUCAACCAUGGUGAUUCCUUCAAUAACGGAAUUAACACGGGCCAUGAAAGUGUGAACAGCAGUAGCUAUAACCCAAAUAUGAUGAUACCUGGAGUAGGUAGUGGUGUUACAGAUGGCAAUAACAUGGGCCAUGGACUGAAUGGGUCAAUGUUGGGUAGCGGCAGCAAUACAAAUGAGCUGGUUCCAGGCAGAUAUACAAAUGAUUCAACCAUUGGUUAUGCUGGCAACAGUACUGGAAAUGGUACCAUUUACAAUGGUGCCUCCUCCCCCUGGGCCAAAUCUGGUAGCUUUGUCAUCUUCUCAGCCAUUGUUCUUCUGGUACUGAGCUAAACAUAGAUCUUACUAGAUGCAGUGAAGGGUCAAGCACUCUAGUUCUUUAUUUUUACAAGUUGUCAUGUCUCUAGUAUGUUCAUUGUACGUUCACAUGCACUCUAUGCACUAUUUUUGUUGAAUGAUUCAGUGUUUUGUAUCUUGCUUUUUCACAAUGCAUAUUUCCCUGAGUAUAUCAUGAAUGUACAGUACAUAUUGAGUUCAUGAAGUAGGGCAUACCACUCAAAACCCCCAAAAGCAACACAGGACUUAUACUAGCGUCCAUACCCUACUAUCCUCAGCCUCAGCUGAAAUCACUCAGUUGUAAGAACCACAACCCACUUUACAACUUUCAUUCUGGAGUCUGAGGACUGGACCUUACCACCAAAAACUGAAUGAGGUAUGGACCGAGUGAGAAUUCCAGUGCAUGGAUAUAGAAGAGCUGAGUACGUCAAUGCAACCAAGCUUCGUCCGUCAGCUUAAAGAUUCAUUCAACUCUGCUACAUCUGUAUUUAUGUGACGGAAACCUUAAUACCUCAACCUAAGUUCAUACAUCAUGUAAAACUGAUUUUAUGUCAUAAAUAAGUACAGUAAUACAUGAAUGAAUGUAUUUUAUCUUUGAAAUAAUAAAAUAUGUAAAUUAUA